CCCAACUGCGAACAGGGAGAGAAGCCGCUGGAUUAGGUGUCCCGGCGCCGUGCUCUCACCGUGCUUACGCUGCCCCCCUUGACCCUCAUCUCCCGCCACUGCCGCCGAAUCCGCAUUUCCCGGCGACAUGCUGGGCUGUCUCCCCGCCGCCGGCCAUUCGGCAAUGGGCUGCCGCCUGACAGGAGAUGUCCGCCACCUUCCUCCCUCAAUGCCGCGCUUGGGCUUGUUUCAUCCAGAGUUGCGGUUUAUCAGCGGACGCUGCGGACGGAGGGCGAACCUCGCGGUGAGGUCGUCGUCUGCGACGGACAAGAAGCCAGCUAUGGACGGUAGAAUGCUGGUGUUUGUUCCUCCGCACCCCUUGAUCAAGCACUGGGUUUCGGUGCUUCGAAACGAACAAACUCCUUGCCCUAUUUUCAGGAAUGCAAUGGCAGAACUGGGGAGGCUGCUUUUAUAUGAAGCUUCAAGGGACUGGUUGCCAACUGUAAGUGGAGAAAUUCAGUCACCAAUGGGGAUUGCGUCUGUCGAAUUUAUUGACCCAAGGGAGCCAAUCUUGGUCAUCCCCAUCUUAAGGGCUGGGCUUGUUCUUGCAGAAUAUGCCUCUUCAAUCUUGCCUGCAACAAAGACUUAUCAUAUAGGAGUAUAUAGAGAUGAGGAGACUCUUCAACCGGAAGUAUACUUGAACAAGCUGCCUGAAAAGUUUCCCGAGGGUUCUCGUGUGUUUAUUAUAGAUCCUAUGCUUGCAACAGGUGGCACCAUUGUUGCAGCAAUCAAUCUGGUGAAGGAACGUGGUGUGCAUCAGAAACAGAUUAAAGUGGUUUCAGCAGUGGCUGCCCCUCCGGCACUUCAGAAGCUUAGUGAAAAUUUUCCUGGGCUUCACGUGUACACGGGAAUAAUUGAUCCAACUGUUAACGAACAAGGGUUCAUUGUUCCUGGAUUUGGAGAUGCUGGCGACCGUAGUUUUGGUACAUGAAGAUGUUCAUGUUUUAACCCUCUAUGGAGGACGAAAAAUUUUGACAAUUCCCAUUUUGUAUGAGAACUGGCAAUUGAGAUUCGCCGUCUCCAAGAACCCAAAGCGGGAUAUAGAAAGUGUUUGUUAUUCAAUAUGUAAAGCCUUCUCACAUUGUUCCCA